AUGCAAGAUUUCAAAUCAACCUGAAAGGGCUAAAACUCAGAAAAACAUGCCUAGCUUGGCACUGAGUGUUGGCAGGUUCUUCAAGAUGCAGAUGCCUCGUUCUGUUGGAAAUACCAUGUUUUGGUGUGUUUGUUAUUCAGCCUCUCCAAGUGUGAAAAUGCUCCCACGGAAGGGAAUUUUGGCAAAGUGCAAAAGAUCCCCUUGGGGAAAACAAAUCAAUAAAUAAAAAUCUCUUUUGGUCCAGCUUUGUUCUCAUUUGCUUUCCCAGCCUCCAGAGACAGAAAUGAAUCAGGAGCUGGAAGGAGGAAGGUGUCGGAGGCCGCGCUGGGCUGGGAGCAGGGCACGCUGCCCAGUGAGGAGGCUCUGAGACUGCUGCUUAAAGCCGAGCUGAAACCUCGCGCAUCAUGCUCGUCAGUGUGCGACUCCAGGUUUAAUACGUGACCAGCUCUCGCCCGGGCCGAGGGCUCCGCGUUGUCAAACCGCCUCACACAUAAACACACCCCGAGUGCUGCGCCUGCCGCUUUCCCCCUUGCCAACCCGUUCCGCGGUGCCGAGAGACGGCAGAGCGUUACCGGGUAACGGCAACAUGGCGUCCGCCGCCAUAGCGGGCGCAGGGGAGCAAGGAGGGGACGUGGAGGAAGGCGGCAGCGGGUUGGGGAGGAGGCGCCCGCCUCCCAUCUCCUCUCUGUCAGCCUUCAGCUACAUCCCACCCCGGCGGGAAGGUCCCGCGGAGCUCAGCUACUUCCACCGGGUGGCCCAGGCAGGAGGGGUUUCCACCUACGACUCCAUUUUUAAAAGACCAGAGGGUUACAAUGAAAAACUUCACCGAUGCGACAGAGAACAUGCAAGGAGUCGUGGUCUUAACAUCAAUGAUGAGGAAAUGGCAAGACCUGUCGCUGUUUUGUCAUCUUCAGAGUAUGGGAGACACAGAAGUAAGCACACGGAGCAGCUGAUCCGAAGUCAUGCAAGGAUUAAUUGUGUGCAGGCAGAAUUCUACAGGAAAAAUGGCAUUACGUGCUUAUUGGAAAAACCUUCUCCAAGACUGGAUCCGUGCUAACAUUGCCAGCAAUAUUUGUCUGCAAAGAAACAUGUCAAAAUGCAGAAUAGUGCUUCUGCCUUUUUCUUCUGUGUUUUCAUUAAUGAAAAUGAUUUAUAUGAAAUAACUGCACUUUUCCUCAUGCUGAUUCAAAUCUAUGUUUUCUCAUUUUAGUUUCUUAGAAGUCUCAUGUAGAACAUCCACAAAAGCUGAACAUUUUAGGAAGCAACACUGGAAAUUAAAUCUGUUGGGUCAACAGACAUCUGUGCUAUUUCAGGCAGUAGCUACAUAAUUGUUCACUGAAUGAACAUUAAUUUUGCUCCUCGGGGUAUUAAUACUUUCUUAACACUUACAGUUCUUAAUCCCUACAAAAUCUGUAAACAUAUUUUUUCUUUUUUUUCUGCAGAACAGUAAUUCAAUCAGUAAUUCAACCUAGAUUUUCCAAAGUGGAUGAGAAAGUAAAUAAAGAUCUGAUUUCUAAAAGUACUGAGGAAUUUCAUUAGAGUUCAAGUGGAAGUGAAGUUAAAGGGAACUUCUCAGUGCUUAGCAUGUAAGAAGACACUAAAAUUUUGAUUUAAAUUAUUUUAGGCAUCCUUUUUGCUGACAUCAGUUAAGAAAAAUGCUGUCAGAGGGAUUGAUCUGUCACAAGAAGAAUCACUUUUGUAGACCAGUGCUCUAAUACAAAGAGAGCAAUAACUCAUUAGUUUGGUAAAAAGGAUUAAAAAAAACCCAACAACACAAGUCACUUAAAAAGUAUGUCUAGAGGUAAAUGUCUAAAGCCACUUAAACACCUUCUUCCUUCUAUUCUCAUUGAAUCUAGUAGUGGAGUUUUAAGAUAUUUUCAGGAAAAGAAACAUCUUCUGCAGGGUGUGCAUCCUUGUGGUUCUGCAGCAUUAUUGAUCCUGUUGUUGUUUAAAGCUGAAGCAAUAUUGAUACUGUUCAAUAUCAACAUUUAGCCAGACCGAUCACACUUGUUUAAGAAGGAUUGGAAAGCCACAGCAUUGACUGACACUGUACUUCUGUCAGAUACUUAAAUAGGAAAUGAGUCUGCUAGGAAAAAAUAAUACAAAUAAGUACUUCCUGUAGGGCCUUGGAUAUGCAGGGAACUAGGCAAUUGAUAGAGCAUUUGGUAUGAUGUGAGGAGCUGAUUAUACAGAGCAGUCCAUUCUUAGAGGUGUUUGGCACUUUCAGUAUUUACGGCUUGUAAUGUCCCCUCUUUCAGUGAGUAAUGGCUGUGGA